UUCCGCGGAAGAUCGGGAACUCGACAAUUUGGCGCGUUUCCGCUUUAAUGAACGGAACCUUCCGUUCGAUUUCCUCUUACGUAAAAUUUCUUACGUUCUUUGCAUGCAUGUUACGUCAGAAUAAUAUUAUGAAUGCAUCCAACAUUAUUACAUCAUGUUGAUGAUGGGCGAUGUAAUGUCAGCCCUUUUGAGCAUAUAAAUAUACCGACUAUCUCGUUAAUGGUUAAGGAAAUACGUCAAAUAAUUUGUAUUUUUUUCUAAAUAAAAUCUAAAUAAAAAUCGAAAUUUUUCGGUUUUUCAAACAUGCUAUCUCAUACGAUAUCUCAUUUUUGUUCUUUUUAUUUUGCAAUAGGUCGAUCUUGAACAUGUUAGAGUCACGUGUCCUGAAGCCGGAAAAUUCCUUGGACUAUGAACAAAAAGCAGUCUCAUCACUUGUGCAAGGAAAUUUGCCAAUUAAAUCACGCCAAAGACGAGUAUCAUCGGAUCAAAGGCGAGCGGAGUUAGAAACAUUGAUGACUUUGUCGAACAUCACUCAUCAAACGCAAGGCAAACGGUCGUUGGUAAUACGAGGGAACAGACAAAUAGAUCCAGUGAAAAUUGGUCGCCGAAGGCGUUUCGCAGUGGAUCAAAUACCCACUGAAUUGGCAUCUAUCAAAGUGAAACACAGUGGGGAUCCUGCGUAUCCUCUAAUUAGCUGAAUGGAGAUUACCUGAUAGCAUUUGACGAACGAAAGCAUGCGUUUUGUAUCACGAGAGAUGAGCCUGGCACAUGAAAGGAAACAUUUGUUGAUACAUGCCAUUGUUUCGAGAUCAUUUAGAGUUAGCGAAAGCACAAAACAAAGAUCAUGUCAUAUAGCGAUAUAAAAAUUAGCUAAAUUAUAUAACAACAUUUGUAUAUAAUACCAUAGGUACACAAUCAUACAUUUUGAUACUAAUUUAUCAUUAAUACUAAUUUAUCAGUAUGAUAUAAUUAUGAUGUAAUUAUUGAUACACGACAUCUUUUAAUCAAGAACUAUAAGAAAUACCGAAUAGGAUAGGAUAAACAUAGAUUCUGCGUCCGAUUUCUCAGAAAAAGAUCGCGUGAUCCCGCUUCCGAUUGUUUCUUUUCUCGAUUAUUUUUUCUUUUACGUAAUGAAGCGCGCGUUAUCAAUAGUGACGAUUAUUACUAACCAUUUUUAUACUUACGACGUCUCAUCUGGCGGUUGGAGUGUGAUUCAACAUUUCAAAGAAGAUGCCUGCUGCUGAUAUGUGAAGAUCGCGAAAUCAUAGGAUCCUUGAAGAAAAAUUUUCUCCCAGAAUUCGAUUCUGAAGCCGGCUGCCUGCUUUCGGAUAAAAGUGGAAGAGAUCGGCAUGUUGGGAAAAAUUAUCCAGCGAAAAAUGAACUAUUGGUUGAACGUCGAAUCAAUAUCAAUAAAGUCUAAAAAUUACAUCGAAUCAGCAUCAACUCAUAUCAACUCAUUUCUCGUUGAGAAAAAGAGUCACAAAUUAAUCAAAAUGCUUCCGAGAAUUUAAAUUUAAUUUCUCCAUGAGGAAGAAGAGACUUAGAAUCCACCGCGAAAGAAUAGAUCCCGAUCUACUGCGAGUAGGAAGUGAUGAUCAUCCGAGUAUCUUUUGCAAAAUUUUCGAACGACACUUCCGUUGUGAUUAUCGCGUGAGUGCAAAGUCGUAAAAACGGAUUGUGCAAGCCAAUUAAAUUGUCACUGAUAGUUCCUAGACAACACAAAAUCCAAAACCGAGACAUAAGAUACAUAAUACGUUUUAAAGAUAUCUUUGUGAAAGAGACAUGUUUUAAUUUUGGACAUUGUGUUGUCUGAACUGAGACGAAAAGUAUUGUAAUUCGGAAUUAAUUUUAAAAAAGAUUUCAAUUAUACAUUUCAUUCAAUCAUUAGACUAAAAUCUUAUUCUUUUAGAUAAGUUCUUGUACAUAAAUAAUAAAUAACAAUACACAAUA